AUUACUUUUAUAAACUUUAAAAUAUGACAAAAAUAAUGCAAGAAUUAUAUCAAUUAAAAUAUUUUCCAUUAUUAAUAUUAUUUUUAAUAAUUAAUCAAUGUGAAACUGUUACAAAAACUACAAAAACAAUAGCGAUAUCACGAUGCUGUCAUCGUGGUGAAAUUACCAAAAUUUUCGAUAACGAUUUACAGUGUAUACAAAAUAUCGACAGUGAAUGGAAACCUCGUAUUUAUUCGAAACGAAAACAAGCGUCAUUAUCACGUACACCAUCGAGUUGGACUAUUGUGGAAGCUAGUCGUCCUGAUUGUGGAUUUUAUAAUGCAACAGUUGUAAAAUCCGAUAAUUAUGUAUUUUUAGAGAGUGGAAAUAUUUUUUAUAAUGAUGUGAAAAUACCACGGGAUCGGUUUUGUAUUGAAAAUGAUGCUGCGUUAAUAUGUUUAGAAGAUGCGAUAAUGCCUCAAAAUAUUUACGCUGGUUCAGAUCAGCAUACACAAGAAGUACGAGUGAAGAAAUGCUGUGGUCAGGGAGGAAUUUAUAGCCCAUCGAAAAAAAGUUGCAUCGUGCAUACGUCACAUGAAGCUAUUACACUAGAUUCGAAACAAAAUGUUUCCUACCAAAUGAUUGGAGGUUUUCCAAUUUGUCCCAACGAUUCAGUCGGUUUUGUAAAACAUGGUCAAGUGAAUUUAUUUGACCUAAUGCCAGAUGGAAGCUUUCACGGUAAAAUUGGUUCUACAAUCCUUCAAACCGGUUUAUAUUGUGUGGAAUAUUUUUUGGAUAUUGAUGAUACAAAAAUUCCACAUAUUUUAGCAUGUCCGGAUUUAUCCGCGGAAUAUAGUAGUGAGUCAAGUGAUUGGAGCUUAAAAUUAUAUGCGAUUGGUUUAAUUAUUUCAGUGAUAUUUUUAAUUGCUACGUUAGCUACCGGUUUCUUGUUACCUUCUAGUCAUCAUGUGUUACACUGGCGGUGUCAAACUAAUUAUGUGACGUGUUUGUUAAUUGGUGAUUUUUGUUUAGCUGUUACAAAAUUAGCUGGACAUAAAUUAGUUGGUACUGCUUGUCUAACAAUUGCAUCCGUUAUGCAUUUCUUCUUCUUGGCUGCUUUUUUCUGGCUGAAUACAAUGUGCUUUAAUAUUUGGUGGACAUUCCGUGAUUUACGUCCAGCUAGUUUAGAAAAAGGACAAGAAGCAUGUCGUCUACGUUUAUAUGAAAUUUACGCAUGGGGUGUUCCAUUAUUAAUUGCUGGAACUGGUGCCAUUGUAAAUAGACUUCCGGAAGAGGAAGGAUAUAAUUUUCUAAGACCACGCUUUGGUGAAAAAGAUUGCUGGUUCUAUGGUGAUAUGGAAAUCUUUACAUACUUUUUUGGACCGAUUGGUGUACUUCUUGCUAUUAAUCUUGUCUUAUUUGGUUUAACGGCACGAGAACUAACAUGUGGUUUAUGGAAACGUGAAGUUGUCAAAUCAAAUACUGAGCGAACACUUAUUUCCAGGGCCGCAUUGGGUCGUGUCUGCUUAAAAUUGGUGGUUGUUAUGGGUGUAUCAUGGGGUGCGGAUGUCUUAUCGUGGGCAGCUGGUGGUCCAAAGGAAUUAUGGUAUUUAACAGAUAUCAUCAAUACAUUACAAGGAUUGUUUAUUUUCAUUGUGAUUGGGUGUCAACCUCAGGGUUGGGCCGCAAUGAAACGUAUGUGGUGUUUAUUAAGUCGUAAUGUAUCCGGUGCAACAGGUAAUGGUAAUCAUCAUUCAUCAUCAUCACAUGGUCUACCAUCUCUGGGGGAUUCAAUCACGAAUCAUACAAUUACAAAUACAACGAAUGUUAGUUGUAAGUCAUCGAUGCCGCUAGAAACAAGUUGUUGAUGUGCAAACAAUACCAAAAGACUUUCAUGUUUGUUUGUUUUUUUAUAAUUUGAGAAAAAUAGCAUUAUCUUAUGAAAUUGGACGUCACGAAAGAUUGGAUGACGACGAGUGUCCAGUUAAGAUCAAAUGGUGUUGUAAUAGGUAGUCUACGAGACUUAACUUUCAAGUGGAAGCAAUGAAACAAUCCCCACUACGUGUUAGUUAGUUUUUACAAGUAUUAUUUGAUCAGGAAAGCUAAUCAAAACCGACUUAAUGAUGAACUGAUGAGUUUAGUCUCCGAAAUCUGGGUGCGCAUAAAGUCUGGAAUAAUGUACACAGCCUAUAAAGUCCUUUAGCGGAGGUAGUUAUGUUCAAUAUAAACAGAUACUUUGACCACUCGCUAGACUACUAUGACCUUACUUAUCUUGUGGAUUAAGUUAGGCUAGGUAAGAGUGGCUGUUCUGGGGUGGGACACAUUUAGAAUCCGUUGUAAUAUCGAAAAAGGGUUGGCCAUUCCCGUCCGCACUCCAUGAACCAUUUGGAGCUGUUUUAGGACAGCAGCUUGCAGUUCGCAAACGGAACUCCCGGAUGCCUCUUGAUGCUUGUAUCUGCUACUCACAAUUUCAUGGUAUAUCUCUGUGUCCCGGUACCCAUACCAGGUUUACAUUCAUUUGUUCCGUCAGUUAAUUUAAGCACGUACGGCAGUCCUGUGCUAUCUUUGAGAGUAGUUGGAUUAGUUGAGAGUCUAAAUCGGUUAGUGUUAAACGGAGUGUUAGAAAAGUACCGAAACAUAUAAGAACAGAUAGAAUUUCGAAUAAAAUU